AUGAGAGCUGGGUUCAGAUGCCAGCUGUCACCCACAAGCUGGGUGACCUUGGCCCAGCCCCACUCGCUGGGCCUCAGUUUCCCCGUUCGUAAAGCGCCGGGGUCGGGCCGGUCGGUAGUCUCCGGCUCGGCAGAGGACGGCCACGGGACCCCGGGGCUCGGGGCUCGCACUUUCCGGCUGCGGCGUUACCUCCGGGUUCCGGGCGAACACGCUCCCCGCCGCCUCCGGCUUCGGUUCCGGCUCCGGGAACUACGGUCCCUCAUGACGGACGCCGGGGACGAGCGCCACUGCGCCUGCGCUGCCUUUCACCUCAGGGGAAAAAAGGGACCGGCCGGGGGGCAGGUCCACCUGGGAGUCACGUGGUGGAUGUCAUGUGGCCGCAGACCGGAGGCGGGGACAGCGCCGACUCCAAGGCAACAGCUUGUCCACUCAACUCUGAAGGGGCGUGUCCCCGGGCAUGCGCAGAGUUCUUCUGAAAGGGCACUGCUGGCUUGGAGAGAAGUGAUCGAUGUUUCUUUCAUUCCCCCACCCACCCAACCACCCACCCCUCCAUCCAAUCACUGUGCUCCUGCUGCGGGUCACCUGGCGGGGCCUCCUGGCGUGGCCGAGGCACGUCUCUGCCCUCCGCUGCCUGGCGUCCUGCAGUCUGAAAAAACUCCUAAAGUGCUUGGCCCACCUUCAAGCCCGUGCUGCGAGGGGGCGCCGAAGCGCCCCGAGCCUCCCAGCAGGGGUCCGGAAGGCUCCGGCUGGAUCCCACGUGUAAAGCCCCCAGCAGACCCGCCAGCGCUACUGGACUGUGUGAUUGUGUCGUGUGAAUGCUCCUCCCUGUGUGCAAACGGGGAACCACCUAGGCAGCUCCUACUGAAUGCCAGCCACUCUGCAAUGAUUAUCCCUUUUGGAGCCUCACAGCAGCCCUGGGAGGUGGCCGCUGUUGUUAACCUCUUUUUACAGGCUAUUAUAUGCAAAUACAUUGGAAGCCUGAAGAGAAGAGGACAACUUCUGAGAAAAAUACAAAAUACCAAAGUUGAUAUAGCAAGAAGGAACAGAUUGAAUAAAUAGGAGUCCACCAGCUUUAUUCUCAGGAAAACGCUGGUCAUGAAGAAACUCUAAUGGGACACAGAUGAAGCCAAUCAAGAGAAGAAACCGACUAAGAUGACCUUCCAUCUCCCAUCUCUGGACCUUUGCACUUGCUGUGUCCCCUGUCUGAUAUACACUCACUCCUUCACUUGAACCCUGCAGAAUCCCUUGGUGACUUCAAAACUCUGCUCAAGGUGAAGCUUCUACACCAGGCCCUGGCCAAUCUCAAUAAAGCUCUCCUGUGAAAAGACUGGCCUUCAAGAGUCACUGAUGAUUCAGAGAAUGUUGGAUGGAAGCUUUAGGCUGCUGGAUCUUCUCAGCUGGAUUCUAAGGGCUGGCUCAAGACUGCUUCUUUGUUGCCAAAGAGGUUUGGGGGGUGUUUUCCCUUCAGCUACUUCCAGGUUCUGAGUCCUUCUGGAAGUCUGAGGGGAAGGGGCUGCUAUCCAGAGUCAAGCCUUGACCAUAAUAUAGCAAACCAAAACAGAAAGGGAAACUGGGGCAAAUUCUUUGUACAAAAUGAAUAUUCAAUGACACCAAAUUAUCUUGCUCUUUAAGUCUGUAUUUUUAGAUAUACUCGUGAUUAACGAGACAACUAAUCUUGAGAAAUCAACGAGACAACUAAUAAAACAAUAUUCUCUGAAAUCA